AUGACCAGAGAAAGGGUAACUUUUCCUCCAGGAACCAGUUGUGGCAGUUUGAUUGAUGGUGAUGAACUUGAGUACCUGUCUGACCAUGCCAUUGCAGCAGGAAUAAUUCCAAAGAGCACCAAUACUAACAAAAACAUGGAGAAAUUAAGACAUGACACUGAAAAAGAUUACUUUACUUGCGUACCUCCAUAUGUUCCUGCAAAAUCUAAGGCUUUAAAGAAAAUUUCAGGGUCCAGCAAUGCUAACACCAUUGGUGGAAUCAAAGUCAAGAUGUAG